AAAGUGAGCAUGGAAGAUCGUCGUUUAUCACUGGCAUUGUCCUCAGACUACGGAUGGGACUACGACGUGUUCCUCAGCUUCCGAGGUCUAGACACCGGCAAGCACUUCGCCGGAAAUCUCUAUUACGCUCUCAAACAGAGGGGAAUCCGGACGUUCUAUGCUGACAGAGAGCUUGAGGGAGGAGAGGAGCUCGAGCCAACGCUCCUGAAGAGAAUUCAAGAUUCGAAAACCGCCAUCCCUGUGUUCUCUCGAGGUUAUGCUGAUUCUGCAUUCUGCUUGCUUGAACUUGCAGCCAUCAUGGAUAACAGCAAGGCGAAGGGACGGUUGGUUUUUCCGGUGUUCUACGGUGUAAGUGCUUCUGAUGUUCGACGUCAGACUGGGACUUAUGAAGAGGCAAUGGCUAAGCAUCAACGUAGGAAUGACCACCACGUCGUGCAAAAAUGGAGAGAAGCUCUUCAGCAAGCAGCUAACUUGUCCGGCAGCAGUUUCAAAUUUCAGAACGAAUAUGAAUUUGAGUUCAUUGAAAAGAUCAUUGAAGUGGUCUCCAAAAAUGUCAAUCGCACUCUUCUCUGCGUUGCAAAGCAUCCAGUUGGAUUGGAGUCUCUGGUGCAAGAAGUAUGCAAGCUUUUGGAUGUAGGACCGGGAUGCAAUAAGAACCAAGUCUGCAUGGUAGGAAUUCAUGGAAUUGGGGGAAUAGGUAAAUCAACUCUCGCUAAAGCAGUUUUUAAUUAUAUAGCUGACCAAUUUGACAGUUCAUGCUUUCUUGAAAACGUGAGAGAAAAUUCAAGUAAGCAUGGAUUGGAACAUCUACAAGCGAAGCUUCUUUUUGACAUUGUUGGAGAAAAGAAUAUUAGUUUGAUAGGCCCCAGUGAAGGUGUUCCUCCAAUAAAGCACAGGCUUCGCCAAAAGAAGGUUCUUUUGAUUCUUGAUGACGUUGACGAAGAAAAGCAGUUGAAAGAACUUGCUGGAGGGCUAGAUUGGUUUGGUUCUGGUAGCAGAGUCAUAAUUACAACUCAAGACCAACAAGCACUAAGACUUCAUGGGAUUAAAACAAAAUAUGAGUUAAAUGGGUUAAAAUUUGAAGAUGCUCGUAAAUUGUUUGAAUUGAAACUGAAGAAGAAAGCUGAUCCACAUUUUGAUGAUGUUAUAAAUCGUGCAGUGACUUAUUGUGCAAAGCAUCCAUUGGCUUUGGAAUUAAUAAGUUCUGAUUUGGGUAGUAUAAAUGCAGAUGAAUGGGAAUCUGCAUUAGGCCAUUAUGAAAGAAAUCUUGGCAAAGAAAUCUAUGAUAAACUUAAAAGAAGCUUUGAUCGUUUGGAGAAAGAAGUGCAAAGUGUGUUUCUUGACAUUGCUUGUUGCUUUAAAGGACUCAGUAGGACAGAGGUCAACAAUAUGCUUCGUGCACAUCAUGGUUUCUGCCCAAUAUAUGCUAUUCGACUUUUGGAGGAGAAAUCUCUCAUAAUGAUUGAAGACAAUGAGGUGAGAUUACAUGACAAGAUACAUGAAAUGGGUAGGAAAAUUGAACAAGAAGGAAAGCAUGGACACCGCUAUCUCUUGUCGUCCUAUGAAGCUAUAGUUCAAUUUUUUAAACACAAGGGCAUUCAUGAUAAAAUUGAAAUGAUAAUUCUAGACCUUUCCAGCUCAGAAGAACAAGUGGUGGAAUGGGAUGGAGAAGGCUUCAAAGAUAUGGAAAGUCUCAAAACUCUUAUAAAUCGAAAUGUCUAUUUUUCGCAAGAUCCCAAUCACCUUCCCAAUAGUUUGAGAGUAUUUGAAUGGCCAGGAUAUUCUUCACAUUCUUUACCAGCUAAUUUUUGUCCAAAGGAACUUAUCCUGUUCAAGUUACCCAGUAAUCGCUUAAUGUCACUCAAUUUUCUCAAGGCAAGUUCUAAAACUAUGUCCUAUUGA